AUGUCGUUGCAGCAAGAACCCCCCGCCAGUAUCCCCAAGGAACAACCGGGAGAGGUUCGGUUUGACCUGGAUCCCCGAACCGUGGCUCAAGAUGACUCUACGACAAUCCAGGGAAUACCUUUAGGUCUCGGAAGCCAGGAGCGGGAGCCUGCGCUCCCCGAUUCGCCCGUCUUCGUUGCCGGAGACAAAGAGAUAUCAAGAGCGUCUGAUACCGCUUCGCCUUCCACUCCAUCACAGGCAGCCAAUCAUGCAAAAUCAGGAAGCGAUCUUCUGCGUCGUCUAAGUUUAAGCCAAGCACCUCCCCUCCGGGCAUCCGAUAUUCGAGCACAGCAUCCAAAUCUCAACCUCACCGGCCGCAUUAUAAGUGCUGCCUCUUGCAUUCCGUACAAGCUUUAUUACCGACCAGGUGGUGAAUGGGUAUAUCCCACUUUGUGUUUCCGUGGAUUCACUGCCCGAGAAAAUGGAAGAGAGCUCAAACCUCGUCCCGGCACCUCUGCCCUGUUUGAUUCAUUUGCAUAUCUUGGUUCCGAUGAGUCGACUUGGUCCCAUACACUUGUUGGUUGGACUGGAGAGGUGGAGCCUCUCCUGGAGGAAAGUGUCCCACUUCCGGUAAAUACCCAGGCCAAUUCACCUCCCACAUUGGGCAGCACGUCGCGGCCUCUAAAUAAGGGGUCUUCCCCAGUACCUGUUGACCUCAGUCAGCAACAUCCGAGCCAUGCUUUCCCUGAGGGCGUUACUGUAAGCCCAGACGACCGGCAACAACUUGACGGGCAAUUAAACUCCAGCCGUUACGGUAGGAUUGUUCCAGUUUGGCUGUCAGCCGAAUCAGAGACCCCCGAGGAGACGAUUUUGCUUGAGGACCAGGGGAGGUGGAGACGAUAUGCCGAGAGAGAGUUGUACCCCCUUCUGCAUUAUAAACAGCACGGACCCACAGAUGGUAGAUUUGAGCGUGAAUCUUGGGCGGAUUACGUCCGAAUGAAUCGAUCGUUUGCAGACCGUAUUAUCCGGGAAUAUAACGAUGGUGAUAUCGUGUGGAUCCACGACUAUCACUUGUUUCUUCUGCCCAGCAUGCUACGGCAGCAAAUCCCCAACAUCUAUAUUGGAUUCUUCUUACACGCGCCUUUUCCUAGCAGCGAAUUCAUGCGAUGCCUUGCUAAACGCAAGGAAGUGCUUACAGGCGUACUUGGCGCGAACAUGAUUGGCUUUCAGACCUUCUCCUACUCUCGACACUUUUCAUCCUGCUGUACCCGUGUAUUAGGGUUUGAUUCCAACUCCGCUGGAGUGGAUGCGUACGGUGCUCAUGUAGCCGUUGAUGUCUUUCCAAUAGGUAUUGAUGCUAGCGCGAUCCAAAGGAUUGCCUUUGGAGGUGCGGGCAUCGAAAAAGCUGUAGCUGGGCUACGCAAGCUUUAUGCGGGGAAGAAAAUCAUCGUGGGUCGCGACCGCCUGGAUAGUGUCCGUGGUGUAGCCCAGAAGCUGCAGGCAUUUGAGGUGUUCCUCGAACGAUUCCCGGAAUGGCGUGACAAGGUCGUCCUGAUCCAGGUUACCAGUCCCACUAGUGUCGAGGAAGAGAAGGAAGAGAAUAAAAUCGCGAGCCAGAUCUCAAACCUGGUCUCCACGAUCAACGGCCGGUUUGGAUCACUGAGUUUCUCUCCCGUCAAGUACUACCCUCAAUAUCUCUCCCAGCACGAGUAUUUUGCGCUGCUACGCGUGGCCGAUGUUGGUCUGAUUACAACGGUGCGAGAUGGAAUGAACACGACAAGUUUGGAGUAUAUCAUCUGCCAGCAAAACAACCACAGCCCUCUGAUCCUUUCUGAGUUUUCUGGAACAGCAGGAACUUUGUCUAGUGCGAUCCAUAUCAACCCAUGGGACACAGUCGGCGUGGCCAUGGCAAUAAAUAAGGCGCUAACAAUGCCUUAUCUGGACAAAAAGUCACAGCAUCUAAUGCUCUACAAACAUGUCACCACGAAUACGGUUUCAGCUUGGUCCCAGCAAUUCAUUAAUCGUCUGGUAACAAACUUGUCGUCGUUUGAUCAAUCCGUGGCUACCCCAGCCCUGGAUAAAGCCAAGUUGGUGAAGCAGUAUCGCAGAGCCAGGAAGAGGCUCUUCAUGUUCGAUUACGAUGGGACACUCACGCCCAUUGUGAAAGACCCCCAGGCCGCCAUCCCCUCAGACAGGGUAUUACGGACCCUCAAAAGCUUGGCGGCAGAUCCCCGGAAUGCCGUCUGGAUUAUCAGCGGACGCGACCAAGCCUUUCUGGAUGAGUGGAUGGGACAUAUACCAGAAUUGGGUCUGAGUGCUGAGCAUGGCUGUUUUAUCCGGAUGCCACGCUCGGACGAUUGGGAAAAUUUAGCAGAACAAAGUAAUAUGGCCUGGCAGAAGGAGGUUAUGGAUACCUUUCAGCACUUUACCGAGCGGACUCAAGGUUCCUUUAUUGAAAGGAAGCGGGUGGCUCUAACGUGGCAUUACCGCCGAGCGGAUCCAGAAUAUGGUGCGUUUCAGGCGCGAGAAUGCCGGAAGCAACUCGAGAAUACUGUCGGCAAGAAGUGGGAUGUUGAAGUCAUGGCUGGGAAAGCCAAUCUGGAAGUUCGACCAACAUUUGUGAACAAGGGAUUCAUCGCAACUAGGUUGGUCAAUGAGUAUGGGAACGGCAAGGCCCCUGAAUUUGUUCUGUGCUUAGGGGAUGAUUUCACAGAUGAAGAUAUGUUUCGAGCUCUGCAAAAUUCCAACCUUCCGCCAGAUCACGUAUUUUCGGUCACUGUUGGAGCCAGUUCCAAGCAGACUGCGGCCAGUUGGCAUCUUCUUGAACCUAGCGACGUUAUCGAGGCAAUUUCGAUUCUUAAUAGCUCAUCCAGUCAGGAGUACUAAAUCCAUACUUGCUUUUCAGUGUUGGUAGAUGAGGGAGACUUUCUCGAAAGACAGGCGAUGUGCAAAAGAAUUGCACGAUGAAGCUUAGGCUAUAUAUAUAUAUUCCAUAUAUAGUAUCGAGGCUCAUUCUUGGGCCUAGACUCCUGCUGUUUGAUUGUUUAUUAGCGAGGUAUGUCGUAUUUUGCCGGAAGUAGAGCACCAGGUUGCUCUACAUAGUUUGUUAUGCCAGACUAUAUAACCCCUUAGGAUAGAUUGCCUUGGGAGUGUAUUCUAGAAUAGACAAUCUUUUUACAUUCAUCAACGGCCUUUUUUCUAGUUGAUAGCAUUGGAAUAAUAC